CGCCGUGACGUCACAGCACUUCCGGUCUCCACCCGUUGGCAGCCAUGAUGCAGGAAGGGCUGGACGAUGGACCCGACUUCCUCUCCGAGGAGGACCGGGGAUCGCGGGCGGUGAACGUGGAUCUGCAGACGGACGCCACGCUGCAGGUCGACAUCUCUGACGCUCUGAGCGAGAGAGACAAAGUCAAGUUCACCGUCCACACCAAGAGCACGCUCCCCAACUUUAAGCAGAACGAGUUCUCGGUGGUCCGACAGCAUGAAGAGUUCAUCUGGCUGCACGACUCGUUUGUGGAGAAUGAAGAAUACGCAGGAUACAUCAUCCCCCCUGCCCCCCCAAGACCAGACUUUGAUGCAUCCAGAGAGAAGCUGCAGAAGCUUGGGGAGGGAGAAGGAUCCAUGACCAAGGAGGAAUUCACCAAAAUGAAGCAGGAGCUGGAGGCGGAGUACCUGGCCAUCUUCAAGAAGACCGUCGCCAUGCAUGAGGUCUUCCUGUGUCGUGUAGCGGCUCAUCCUGUUCUCAGAAAGGACCUAAACUUCCACGUCUUCCUGGAGUACAACCAGGACCUGAGCGUACGAGGGAAGAACAAGAAGGAGAAGCUGGAGGAUUUCUUUAAGAAUGUGGUGAAGUCUGCCGACGGCGUCCUGGUGGCCGGAGUCAAGGACGUGGACGACUUCUUCGAGCACGAGAAGACGUUCCUGUUAGAAUAUCACAACCGGGUGAAGGACGCCUCGGCCAAAUCUGACCGGAUGAUCCGCUCGCACAAAAACGCUGCAGACGACAUCAACAGAAUCGCCUCGUCUCUCUACACGUUAGGAACGCAGGACUCCACAGACGUCUGCAAGUUCUUCCUGAAGGUGUCGGAGCUGUUUGAGAAAACCAGGAAGAUCGAAGCUCGAGUGGCAGCAGAUGAAGACCUGAAGUUGGCCGACCUGCUGAAAUAUUACCUGAGGGAGUCGCAGGCUGCAAAGGACCUGCUGUACCGGAGGAGCCGGGCCCUGGUGGACUAUGAGAACGCUAACAAGGCUCUGGAUAAAGCUCGAGCCAAAAACAGAGACGUCCUGCAGGCCGAGACCAGCCAGCAGCUCUGCUGCCACAAGUUCGAGAAGAUCUCCGAGUCCGCCAAGCAAGAGCUCGUAGACUUCAAGACGAGACGAGUGGCUGCUUUCAGGAAGAACCUGGUGGAGCUGGCGGAGCUGGAGCUGAAACACGCCAAGGGGAACCUGCAGCUGCUGCAGAGCUGUCUGGGCGUCCUGAAAGGUAACACUUAACUGUGUGACCCGCCUACACCAAACUGGACACGCCCCUUUGUUCACGCCCCACCCACAACCACAUGGGCACGCUCGCUGUGGGCGGAGCCUGAACGGACGGACGAACAACACGGAGAACUCUGGACCAGAGAGAGAGAGCACAGGGUUAAAAAAGACAGGAAGUCUGUCGUCUUCAUCACUAACCAGACACCGUCCUCUUCAUCUUCCUCCUCCUCCCUCUCUGUGCAGCAGCACCUGUCCCAGAGUGGAUCUCAGCCUCUUCUCCUGAGUGAUUUUCACAUGAAACUAAAGAGUUCAGAUUCAUCUGGAGUCAUCCCAGAGCGCCUCUGUCGACAGAAACACAAACCUGAACUUCUCAAAUGUCCAAACACGAUCGUAAAGAACGUCGAACAUCUGAAUUACAUUCAGUCUGAAACUGUAAAUGUUUUAUUUCCAUCGGGAACGAUUCUCUGCUUCCAUUUAGGGUUUAAUCAGGGUCAACCCUCCUCCAGACCAGAAGGAGGCGCUGAUGUUCUCUGACAAAAACACCAGAAGAAGAAGCUCAGUUCUGCCUCUGAUUGGUCAAAGGUUAAAGGUAGGAUUAUCCAAUCAGAGGCAGAGCAGGAGGCGGGACGUAAUUCUAAGCUGUCUCAGUAGCUAGCGUUAGCGUCAUCUGUGGCAGCCGCGUCUCUCGGUUUAUUGUGUCUUCGAGUUUCUUGAUUACGAAACGAAGUCAUAACGGCGUGUUGGUAGAAUUUGAGUGAGAUACGUAGUCGAUCAGUUUUAAACACUUAACGUGUCGUGGCUCAGCAGCGCCCCCUCCUGCUGGGUGAGAUUCUGCUGUCCAGAAGCCAAGUCAGACACAGGUAUUGAUUAUGUUUCUGGGCUCAGAUCCUCCGGGGGUCUGGCGGAUCCUAUUCAAACAUGUGAACAUCACUCAGAGGAGGCGGAGCUGAUCCUCAUCUGACCUGCAGGUCCCUGCGAGUCCUGAGAGUCCAGAGAAGUGUUUCCUGUUUCCUUCUUAAAGUCCUCAGAGCUCGAUGAUCCACCAGAGAAACAAGUUCUCGUCUUCAGAGCGCGUUGAAUCUCCUGCGAAGGAGAUUGUUUCCUGUUGGUCUUUGAGGAAGGAUCUUUAGAGACUUUCAGGACUCGAGCAGUUUCUCUGCAGCUCGACGUCUUUCUGUCUUUCUGUUGUUGCUUCAGCCGCCGUCAGCGUGUCGCUCUGUCCUCAUCUUCUUCCUCUUCUGUUCUCUUAUUUUGGCGGUGUGUGUGGGUGGUUUUAAUGUGUCGGUGAACUUCCUGUGCUGCUGCUGCUGUGUGACGGCGUCCAGCUCUCGGUUCCCGUUCCUAUUAAAGUGUAAUGUCACUAAAGACAGCCUGUAUAUGUUUGUAUUAGUUCGUCCUCUUCAUCACCUUCGUCCCCGCCUGUACCUCUUCCUGUCCUCCAGCUGACGGUCUGUUUGCCUUAACGUCGAUCAGUUUCAUUUGUUGUAAAGAAAAAGUUAAAAAUCUGUUUUUGUUCCCGAUCUUUAUUUUCUUUUUUAAAUUUCACUGUACACGAAUGUUUUUCACUCUUCUUCUGUGACCAAAGCUUCCAUUAGUGAGUGGAGACAGAAAGAGAAAUAAAAAGAGAAGAAGAAGAAAAAGAGAUGAUUAUAAACUUCACAACAUUUUAGUUGUUUAACCUUCAGCAGGUCUGUAACCCUCCCUGGUCAUACUGAGACUCAAUAAAACUUAUGGACACUUUUCUUAAA